GUAUGUGACACCAUGUGUCAGAGCUAUCUUCCGAUAUAGAAGCACACAACAUAUGAGCACAACCACCCAAAAACAGGAAAAUCCUCGAAAAAAUUCCCCUCUCUCCUGAAAGUAAAAGUCACAUAAUGCAUUCCACUUUUUUCCAUAUAUAUAUAUAUAUAUAUAUAGGUGGUCAUUGAUUGCGGGUCGAGUUCCUGGACGGACUGCAAAUGAUGUGAAAAAUUAUUGGAACACUAAUUUGAUGAAAAAGACUGUUGCAGUAAGAGCGACAGCUGCAGAAAAGGGCGCGUCGGCAAACUCUGGCAGCAACAGCAAUAUUAGCCGCAGCAAGACAAUGGGGACAAUAUUCAAGCCUCGGCCCAGGUCUUUCUGUAACCAAAUCUACGAAAACAACAAAAAAAAGGACGACUCGGUGAUUGAAGAAAUCGGAAGAAAAUUUGGUGCUGCUGGGGGAACCCUCUUUCGGCUGGAUCUGGAUUUGCAAACUGACAAAAAUGGAAUUAAUCACUGGUGGGACAAUUUGGUUGAUCUUGAUGAUCAUGAAAAGGAUCCGUACUUUUACGAUGAUAAUAAUACAUGUCCUUUGUCCUUUGGUGGGGGCUCCGGCUCCGGCUCGGCAUCGAUUCUGGGUAAUGAUUUCUCCACAAGCCUGACCUGCCCUGAUCCCCAAGAUUUUUUGUUCAAGUUCGUUGAAGGGGAGGAGGAGGUGGUGGUGGAACAAGUUGGCGCCGCCUCCGCCGCCGCCCUUGAUGGUUCUUCUUCCUGCUCCGGUUUGUUAUCAUCUGAUUCUGAUUUCUGGGGUCUGCUGCUCAGUACUCCUACUACGUACUGAUCAUCAGUUUCCAUCAACCGGUGCGAUUAAUUUUCAACUUCUCUUUUCAAUGCUUUACGUAUAUUACUCUGUGUUACGUUAGGGUUCUAUUUCGUUUUGUCUUGAACUUCAGAGAAAAACCCAGAAACAACGGAGAUUCGGAUAUUCCUUCUCCCAGCAAAUGCCCUGCCAACCAUAUCCUCGUCAUGGACGUGGUUGGUAUAUGCAUUAGUUGAUGGAAUUAUUACAAACGUACUAUAUUGUUUCAAGAUUAUCAGAAUGUUAUGUGUGUUGAAGUACCUUAGUUCAAAUCUAUAUGAACCUCCGAC